UUUCUGUUGUGCAGAUGUAAAAAAUAAAAAUCUAAAAAAAACCAGAUAUAGAUUUUUAAGUUUUAGUAGUAUACGAAGCUAUGCGUAGACAACGUGAAAUAGAUUUAAUUACGGGACAGUCGCAGGAUGCGUCCGACUGGCUGGAGCUGUCACCAGAGAAAGCUGUGCGCUAUUACCGCUGCAAGAGCUACAAAGUGCGACGGCCCGAGAUAUAUCCGAGCGUACAGCCAGCGAUAUCGAAAUGCAGCAGACCACAGUCGCACAAAUAUUGGCAGCAGGCAGUGGAGGGUGCAGGCUGUGAGCGACAUUUCAAUAUGGAACGCGAUGAUAUUCUGGCGGCGUGGAAGCAAAGUCCACACAAGCAUACGCUAAGCUGCUAUGGCAUAGGCGGUGGAGAUGAUCUGCAGUUCAAUCAGCUGCUUAGCAAAUGCUUAAGAAAAUCCACAGUUGGCACAGAGAAGCGGCCGAGAAAACCAAAACAGCAACAAAUGAUGAUGCAGCAAACGAUGCAAACGAAGCAGAAAAAACCACGCACAUUGGGUUUGGUUUUAAAUCGCUUGGAACUGCAGGCUAAACUGCAAGCCAUGCCCACUGUGCAACGCCAGCUUAAAGCGAGCAACGCGUUUAGUUCUGUAUAUUGCCCCACUAAGGCUAAAGCAGCUCAAAAGCUGUGUAUAGAUGCACCCACCAUUGAGCUCAAGUCAGCGCUGGGCAUGCAGAAAUCCAAACGCAAACAAAGGUUUCCACUUCGACGCAAGACGCACAAAUAUUGUGAACUGCAGUGCGGCAUUCCAGAGAAUGAUUGCACCGCUCAGUCCUGGCAGCAAUACAAACAGCAGCCAAAGCCCUACGAACAGGCCUUUGAAUUGGAGCAGCAGCAGCAGCAGCUGCGAACAACCAAAUCGGAACCUUGCACCUAUGAUGAACUUUAUAAGGAGCUUGUUAGCUGCUUUGUGCAGAAUCCAAAGCCCGAUUGUUGUCAACUGUUGUAUGAGAAAUGUUGUGGCGCAUUGGACAGAGGCGAUGGAGAAGGCGGCGGUGGUGAUGGAGCAGAUGGCGGCGCUGAUGAUGGCGGUGCAGCUGAUAGUGAUGAAAUUGAUUACGAUGCACCCAGAGGUCCCAGACCGCCGCUGCAUAAACCAAAGAAACCAGGCAACUAUGGUGAUGGUGCUGGUGAUGGCGACGGAGAUGAUGGCCACGGAGGCGGUAAAGGCGGCAAAGGUGGCAAAGGUGAUGGCGAUGGAGGAAAAGGGAAAAAAGGUUUUGGUGACGAUGGCGAUGGAGGAAAAGGGAAAAAAGGUUUUGGUGACGAUGAUGAAUAUGACGGAGAUGACCGUAAAAAGAAAAAGAGCGAUGACGACGAUAGCAAACGCGGGGGCGGAGAUGGCAAAGACAAAACCAAAAUCAAGUUCGAUCCUGACAAAGACCAUGCAUAUGGAACUGAUGGUAAGGACGGUGACGGAGAUAAAAGCAAAGAUGGCGGCGAUGGCGGUGAUCGUGGUGGAAGCAAGGGCGACGGCGACGGCAAGGAUGGUGAUGGAACUGAUGGUGAUGGGGCUGAUGGUGAUAAAACCAAAGACGGCGGUAGCGAUGAUGGCAAGAAGAAGAAAAAGAAGCGAAGGCAUAAGAAGGACGGCGAUCGACCCAAGCGAAGAGACAAAACGAAAAAAGGCGGAGGUGAAAAACCAAUCAAACCCUGUCCCUGCGAACCCUGCGAAUGCAUGCAGGGCCGUAAGCCCGACCCCGAUACUCCGCUCAUACGUGAAAUGAAGGAGCAGGAUAAGCUGCGUCAGCUGCGAGACAAUUACAAACGCCUCGGCCAUCGGGAGUACAUCAAGUGCCGCAAGCCCGUCUAUGCCGCACCUCAGCACAAAUGCGAUGCCAUCGAUUGCAGCAAUUGCUUCUGCAGCAAUCCCAAGCUGGGCGAUUACUGCGACUGUUUGCAAGCUAUGCGGGAAUUACAGCAACUGCUGGGAGCCAAUCAUGAGAUCAAGGAUAAUACCUUGAACUUUGAUCUGGACGAUGUUAGAAAACGCAUUUGCCAACGCUUUCGUGAGUGUCUAUGCGUUUGAUAAGCGCCCAAAAGCUUCAUGUUGCUUGUAUCCCAAUUCACUGUCUAUAUUUAAUUUCAUUUCAAUUGUUAAGUGGUGUAUUAUUCAUUUUUUUCCAAUAGUUUUU